AGCUGAAAACCUGACAUUCAAUUUCCCCGUGUUGGGUCCAUUGUUCUCCCCCAAUGUCAGGUUUCUCGUUGCAGUCCUGCUAGAGAUUCACUUCUUCCCUCGUUUCAGCUCAUUCACGCAGCAACAUCUUAUCAUCCAUUUUGUCACGUCCACAACGUACAUACUUUUUUGACAUGGAAGCGAUGACGCUAGGACUCCAGGGUCGCGUAGCACUUGUCGCAGCAGCGAGCGCCGGACUCGGUUACCACUGCGCUCUCGCUUUCGCCAGGGCGGGAGCGCGAGUGGCAAUAUUUUCUCGCUCCCCCGAGCGCAUUGAGGUGGCUGCGGAAAGGAUCCGCGGAGAGGUGGGGGGCGCGCAGGUGCUUCCGCUGGUGGCGGAUGUCCUUAAGGCGGAACAGCUUGAAGCUGUUGUAGAUGCUACAGUGAAGGCGUAUGGUGGGCUGCAUGUGCUUGUAGCGAACAGUGGAGGGCCUCCCCCUGGCACAUUCGAUAGCGUCACAGAGGCUCAGUGGCAGGAGGCGUUUCAGGGGACGCUCAUGUCCACCACUCGCCUCGUUCAACACGCAGUGCCUCAUAUGAAGGCAGCCUCAUGGGGUCGCAUUGUGGUGAUCACAUCCACAUCGGUGAAGCAGCCCAUCCCAGGCCUGCUGCUCUCCAAUGCCAUGCGCCCUGCCGUCGUUGGCAUGCUCAAGACCCUCUCCCUUGACUUAGCCCCCCACGGCAUUACAGUCAACAACGUGGCACCCGGAAGCUACGACACAGCACGAAUUGCCAACCUUACAACAAAGCGGGCAGAGGCGUGGGGCGUGACGGAGGAGGCGGCUCGGAGGCGCAUGGAGCAGCAGAUCCCCAUGGGCAGGCUGGGCCGGCCAGAGGAACUGGCAAAUGCGGUGUUGUUCCUGGCUUCAGAUGCUGGGAGCUACGUGACAGGGCAGACACUGGUGGUAGAUGGAGGUGUCACAGCAGGGUAUUAAUUAGGUAAACAAUUUAUCUGUGCAUGCGUCUUCAACCUGCUAUAGCUCAGUUGGUAGAGCGGAGGACUGUAGUGUAGCAAUCCUUAGGUCACUGGUUCGAAUCCGGUUGGCGGGAAGUUUUGCCCUUACCAGGGUAGAGAGGCUCGAAAUUGCUGACUUAUAUCUUUGACUUUUCCUACACAAACCUGGGGGCCGU